GUCUUCUCCGCCUCCUACUGAUGGAGACCCCUUCGUUAGCAAAGCUAGCCAGUAGCACAAAAAUGGCAGAGGAUGCGUGAUGAACGGCGCCUCUACGUCACGGUUUCAGCACCGCGGAGAGCAUGACGUCUGUACAGAAUAAAUGCAGGAGGCCCACCCACCCUUCUUGCAGAGGCAUGCAAUUACAAGAUACUGCAUGACAGCUGAUCAACCGGCCAGACUGACUGCUGCUCCACCCAUCCCGGCUGGAGGAGCUGCAGCGGUGCUCAGCCCGAGCGUCGUGUUGUUCUGGAAACACUCCUUCAGCAUGUCGGUGACUCUGCGCACACAGCUGCUCGUCUUUCUCAUCUCCCUUUCAUCAAGGAUGGGGAUCAGCCGCUACAUUGAGGACAACGAAGCUUCAGAUGGAUUAUAUUCUCUGCUCAGUUUGGCCCAGAAAAGAGAAUCAGAGGAUUUUAUUUUCCGCCGACCUCUCAGGUGCUUGGACAUGCUGGCCACUGACGGCUACUUCACCUUCGUUGCGUCGCGGCCACAGCUGGCUUGUGCUGCUUUCAUCAUCGCUGAGCCCAGUGAAGUUAUCAGUCUGGAGCUGACUGACGUCAGCAUCGAUUGCGGCGCUGGAGACUUCAUAAAGAUGUUUGAUGGGUGGGUUCUGAAGGGAGAGAAGUUUCCCAGCAGUCGGGAUCACCCCCUCCCUCUCCAUCAGCGCUACACAGACUACUGCUCCUCCACGGUACCAGGAGCCACCAGUCGCUCCUCUCAGAAUGUUGCCAUGAUCUUCUUUCGCAUCCACAGCCCUGACAGUGGCUUCACUCUUGCUGUCAAAAAGCUACACAACCCUUUCCCCUGUAACAUCAUGUCUCAGAGCCCAGAAGGCAGCUUCACCAUGGUGAUGCCACAUCAGCGCAGGAACUGCAGCUUCUCCAUCAUCUACCCUGUGGAGAUACGACUGACAGAGCUCAGCCUGGGGCAGGCCAAAAGCAAUGAGCUCAGCCCACAGAGACAGUUGUGGUCGGGCUGCUCGGGGUCAGGUGACUAUGUGGAGCUGCUGGGAGGGAAUGGGGUCGACACCUCCAAGAUGUUCCCUGUAGCGGACCUCUGCUUCUCCCUCAGUGGGCUCGCCCAGAUGAAGAUCGGUUGUGAUAACUCGGUGGUGAGGCUGGUGUCCAGUGGGAACUACAUCAACCGUGUCUCCUUCCAGUACCGACUACUGGAGCAGAACGAGCUUCCCAAGACCAGAGAGAACAAUCUGGAUAACUUCUGCUCUGUAGAAUGAGAUCACACACCCACAGAUAUACACACACAUAAUAUACACUUGUGAGGAUUCACAUACACAAUCACACACUCAUCCCUUUCUCUGUAAAAAUACCACUUUAAUGAAAAUGUCCCAUUAAACUAAUGCCGUCAGUAAGUAUUUUGUAUUGUGUCUGCCAAAUAUUUUAUUUCGUGACCUAACUAUGUUAGCUUUGAUCUUAACGUAUUUAUUUAAAUGUUUUUUUUCAUCUCAAAUUUAUAGAUGAAAGUAGAUUUCUACUUUUGUUUCUAGUAUUUUGUCAUAAAAAUCUGUGGUACAUGUUAUUUCUUGCAGGAACGUUCCUUUCGGACCUCUCUGUUGUUCUUAUUUAAUAUGAGUUACAGUUUUACAUCCCUGCUGUCUUUCUCUUUAUAUUGCCUUGAUAAUUUAAAAAUUAAAUAUGACUUGCAUGACAAAGCACA